UGCAGGGAGGGACUUGCUCUCACUUCCUCAUUGCAUUUGACGUGCUGCAGCAGGUUGCUUUGCUUGUGGACUUUCCCUGCUGCUAACAGAGGAGUGGGAGAGACGGGACAGAAAGGCCCGUCUUCCUUCUCCUCUUGAAGUAGCACCCAGUGUGGGGAGCAGUUGGUGGUGCGGAUGGGCAGAGUGGAGCUUGGAGAAGGAGGGAAGAUGAGUCGAUGCCGAGAAGACUACCCUGAGGGGCUAGAGGAAGUAGAAGAGGAGCUCCAGAACCUAGACUGGUACCAUGAUAAUCUCACCCGUCAUGCAGCGGAAGCACUGCUUCUUUCCAAUGGAUGUGAUGGAAGCUAUCUCUUAAGGAAGAGUAAUGAGAAGAAUAACCUGUACUCCCUUUCCGUAAGAGCAAGAGAUUCUGUCAAACACUUCCACGUGGAGUAUGUGAAGUCUGCAUUCAAGUUUGGCUUUAAUGAGUUUUCUAGCGUGAAAGAUUUAGUCAACCAUUUCGCAAACCAGCCUUUAAUUGGAAGUGAAACAGGCACCUUGAUUGUACUGAAACAUCCAUAUCCUCGGAAAGUGGAAGAACCGUCCAUUUAUGAGUCUGUCCGAGUUCACACUGCCAUGCAGACAGGAAAAACAGAAAACGAUCUUGUCCCAAAUGCUCCCUCUCUGGGUACAAAAGAAGGGUAUUUGAUAAAACAAGGCAAAAUAGUAAAGAACUGGAAAACUAGGUGGUUUACACUGCAUAGGAAUGAACUUAAAUAUUUCAAAGACCAGACGGCCACCGAACCAAUCCGGGCACUAGAUUUAACAGAGUGCUCAGCGGUACAGUUUGAUUACUCACAGGAAAAAGUCAACUGUUUUUGCUUAGUAUUCCCAUUAAGGACAUAUUACCUGUGUGCAAAGACUGGAGUAGAAGCAGAUGAAUGGAUUAAGAUACUAAGGUGGAAACUGUCACAAAUACGAAAACAGCUGGAGCACCGUAGUGCCACUCUCACUCCAUAGUUACUCCUCUCGGGAUUACGGCUUCCUUCACAAGAUUCUCUCUCCAGAGUUAGGAAUAUGCCAUUUCUUCACAAGUGGGAAGUGUCUGUGCAUCCAGUAUCUACAGUGAACAUGUAUGUAACUACAUCCAACUCAGCACACAAAGAUUUGUUAGUUGAGCACUUUUGGAGUGUGGAACGAUGCAUGAAAACUGUUGCCAACAUUGCAAUGCCAGUCCCAUACCCAAUCAUACUUUACAUUCUGAAUGUACACCUAGCUCAAACACCUGUCCCGUUCACUUGGCAAAAAGAAAAAAUAUUUGCCGUUUAAAAUUUUUAUUAUAAUAAUUUAGCACUCUCCUGUGAUAAGUUCAUAGCUAACCCUUGGCAACGUGUUCUGUGGUAUCUAGCCUAGAAUGAUUAAAUAUUUUUUGUAUUGUUUUCAAGUGCUUAAACCCUUGAA